UCGAUCAGUCAUAAUUGGAAUUUCAGAGCUGAAUUCUGAAAUUAUAGGCGACAAUUAAUCAGACAUCAUGUGGCUUAUAUUAUUUCUAUCCUCCAUCAUUUGGGCUACAAACAACUGCUUCCAUAGUGAAAGUGACCAUCAUCGAAUCUUAAAAGGGCUAGUGAUGAACAACAUGAUGAAUAAAUCAGUGAAUCCUUGUGAUAAUUUCUACAAAUAUGCGUGCGGAAUGUGGGUUGAAGAACCAAUCGGAGACAGUUCCGGAGUUUUCGGUUUGAUAACAAACAUGAUGAAUAGAUUUCUGGAUUCCGUCAUUUCAUUUAGAAAUUAUUCAUCCUAUUCACAUUACAAUAAUGAAAAAUUGCAAAGGAUUCUAGAAAGCAGUGAAGUGAAAAAGAUUCAUAAAUAUUUUUCGAUGUGCCGAGAGCAGAAAAGCUCGGAGUAUAAACCGUACAUCGAAGCUUGGGAUCUUCCGGGUGGAUGGCCUAUUUUCAAUUCCAGCUGGAACAGCCGAACUUUCGAUUGGUUGAACGUUACGGCAAAUCUAAAGCUGAUCGGAAGUGGAUCUCUUAUUAAUGUGCAUAUUGGAACCGAUUACCAAGAUACAACACAAAAUAAAAUUUAUAUUCUUCCGGAGAAGUUUCGACUUCCUGACUUCUUCGAAAAAAAUCCCAAAGUCAUAGUGGAAGUUUUCAAAUUGAUAUCAUCACAGUUUGCACCAUUUGGAUUAAACGAACUUGAUGCCAACAAAUUCGUUUCAUAUGCGCUGACAUUCGAAACUAAACUGGCUAGAAUUUACCAUAGAGGUAGUAAUGAAGAUAAGGAAGAAAUCGACGAGGUAACUUUAGCAACACUAGAAGGACUCAUACCGGAUAUCGAUUUCCAUCGGCUUUUGAAUAUCAUAUCGGGCGAAGUAGUUAGUAGGUCUCAAAAGGUGAUAAUCGUGAAUCGGUCGUACUUCACAAAUCUAUCAACAUUUUUGAAAGGAACCGAUCCCGAAAUUUUGGCGAACUACCUUUUAUAUCGACUUUUUGUGGACAUUGAUCACCUUCAAACUGUUGACGUUCACUGCACGGAUGAAGUGAGAAAGCCUAUGGACUUCCUCUUCGGAUACAUCUACAAUACAAUUUUCAACGACGAAAGAGACAACGAAGAUGUUAGAACAAUUGCACAAAGUAUCAAGAGUGUGUUUUCAGAUACAAUGCAAACAGUUGACUGGAUCGACCCGGAUACAAAACAGGAAGCAUUAACUAAACUUGAUAAUUUACUACUGGAAGUUGGUGCCUCAGAUGAUAACCCAACAAUAGACAAUAUAAUUGAAGAAGUGGCACAUUUCAAGUUUGAUCCCAGCAAUUACUAUAAGAGCUACUUAAAUCUCCUGGCGUAUUCCACCCGAAAGCCAUUCAGAAAAUUUAACAAAAGAACCGAAAGAAGUGACGAGAGCUACAACACAGCAACGGUGAAUGUGUUCUACGAUAUUUUAGCAAACCGCAUAAUCGUACCCACAAUUAUACUGCGAUCACCAGUGUAUGAUUUUCACUCUCCACACAGUGUUAAGUACGGUAGCGUAGGAUGGGUCUUGGGGCACCAAUUCACCCAUGCUAUGCAUGGAAAAGGACGAAUAAUUGAUUCAAAGGGUGUAGUAGGGCUGUGGUGGACUAAAAAAUCAGAGAAAGAGUAUCGAAAGCGGAUAAAAUGUUUACAGGAUCAAUACGGAAACCACACACCCAGUUGUCAAACCUUACCGGCGAACACUAAGGAACACUAUGGAAAAAGCAUUUUUGAUAAAAAUGUUCUUGAUACUGGUGGAAUCCGCUUGGCCUACCAAGCUUAUAAGGAUUGGUAUGCAAGGAAUCCCGAUAAGCAGGAAACCCUACCAAUUCUCACACUGACGAAUAUGCAAAUCUUUUUCUUGAGUUUUGCCCAAUUCUGCUGUGAGAUAAGCAUGCCUGAACAUAGUCUAAGCGAAAAUUAUGUUAUUGGAACGCUUUCAAAUUUCGAAGAGUUUUCAAAAGUAUUUAAUUGUCCAAUCGGCUCAAAAAUGAACCCUGUGGAAAAGUGUAGAGUGUGGUAGUCAGUAAAUUACUAAGAGAGAUAGUGGUUCAUUAAAACUGACUGAAGAAAUAAAAACGCAUUUAAAAAAUC